CGUCCCGUCCCGCCGGCAAAGAUGGCGGCGGCGGCGUUGAGGCGACGGUAGCGGCGGCCAUGGAGGCGGAGGGCGGCCCGCUGGGCCCCGGGGAGCGGUGGGCGCCGGUGGGCGCCGUGUCGGCCGCUACGGCGGAGGAAGAGGAGGAGGAGGAGGCAGCGGAGGAGGAGGAAGGCUCGCCGCAGUCGGUGCCGCGGCUGCGGGCGGAGCGGCGGCGGCUGCACGGCGCGCUGCUGGCGCUGGCCUCGCACUUCGCGCAGGUGCAGUUCCGCUUGCGGCAGGUGGCCCGGGCCGGGCCGAGCGAGCAGCAGCGGCUGCUCCGCGACCUGGAGGACUUCGCCUUCCGCGGCUGCCCCGCACCGCUGCCCCACGGGCUCGGUGACGCCCCGAGUGCGCGUGAGAAGCAGGAGCAAAUUGAGGUCCAGAAGGAGAAGCAGAGAGAGCUGAUCCUGCAGCUGAAGACACAGCUGGAUGACCUCGAGACGUUUGCUUACCAAGAGGGCAGCUAUGAUUCUCUACCACAGUCUGUGGUUAUGGAGAGACAACGGAUGAUUAUAAAUGAGCUGAUAAAGAGGCUGGACAUGGACUUGAGUGAAGAUAUUGCAACGCUGUCUCCAGAGGAACUGCGACAGCGUGUGGAUGCUGCCAUAGCACAGAUUGUUAAUCCUGCCAGGGUGAAGGAGCAGCUGGUGGAACAGCUGAAGACACAGAUAAGGGACCUUGAAAUGUUCAUCAACUUCAUUCAGGAUGAAGUUGGAAGCUCUGGUAAGGCAGAAGAUGGAGACUCUGAAUGUGCUGGCAGAAAAGACGGUGGUGGCUCCUGCAGACCAAAUACACGGCCUUCUGGAAACAGAGUGAACCCAGAGGACGCCAGGAAGAUGCGAGAGACGGGGCUGCACCUCAUGCGUCGCAUGCUUGCUGUGCUGCAAAUAUUUGCUGUCAGCCAGUUUGGCUGUGCCACGGGUCAGAUCCCUCGCACCCUCUGGCAGAAGGACCAAGCCAACAAGGAUUAUUCCCCCUUAAUUAAGAAACUGGAGGUGUCAGUAGAGCGGGUGAGGCAGCUGGCUGUGAAACACCAGCGGGAAGACCACGUCAUCAGUUCCUCCGACCUGCAGGACAUUCCCUUGGGUGGCAGAGAUGAGCUGACCCUGGCUGUGCGGAAGGAGCUGACCAUUGCUUUGAGAGACUUGAUGGCUCACGGGCUUUAUGCCUCCUCUCAAGGAAUGAGCCUGGUAUUGGCACCCAUCGCGUGCCUGAUCCCCGCCUUCACCCCCUCGCCCCAGACCAUGCACCCCUGGGAGCUCUUUGUGAAGUAUUACAACGCCAAGAACGGACAGGCCUUUGUGGAGUCCCCAGCUCGCAAGCUCUCCCAGUCCUUUGCCUUGCCCGUGACAAGAGGAGUGGCCAUCACUCCCAAACAGAGCCUGCUGACAGCUAUUCACACCGUCCUGACAGAGCACGACCCCUUCAAGCGCAGCGCGGACUCGGAGCUGAAAGCUCUGGUGUGUAUGGCCCUGAACGAGCAGCGCCUGGUCUCCUGGCUAAACCUCAUCUGCAAAUCCGGAGCUCUGGUGCAGUCUCACUACCAGCCCUGGAGCUAUAUGGCAAACACAGGCUUUGAGAGCGCUCUCAACGUUCUCAGUCGCCUCAGCAACUUGAAGUUCAACCUCCCGGUUGACCUGGCUGUCCGGCAGCUGAAAAACAUCAAAGAUGCUUUUUGAUGUGUUUUUAUUGGAGAUCAUCCACAUGGGGAUUUCUUUUUUCCACAGGUAGGCAGCUGCUGGGCACAUGAAGCCUGGCUUUUUAAAGACUUGAGUUUGUCUCUUUGAAACUGAAGUUUGCUUUUAGGGAAAUCUUAAUGGUGUUUCAGUGUGUGUUCUACGCCGCAAAGCUGCGGCACCUCACCCUGACGCUUUCAAGUGUCUCUGUGGAACAGACCUGCUGAGCGUUCAGCACGUGAGGGUGGUGAGGCUGGCUGCCCUGAGCGAGGGAUAGCCCCUUGGGCUGUGCAGCAUGGCUCCUCUGCUGCCUCCAAGGGGUUAUUCCUCAAAGCUCGUGCUCUAAGUGAUGCCCCUACAUGACCUCUCACAGAAGAGCCAGGCAAGCUGGCCCAGGGAUGAGUGACUUGCACUCCCUUGUGUCACAGCUGUGAACAGCGGUGUUGGGGAGGCCUCAGCCAUCCAGGGAAGGGGGCACAUUGUUCUUCAUGCUGGUGAUGGUGGUUAACUUGUUUUACAAAGCCUGUAUUGCAGUAGCCUCGUGUGUCACAGGGGAUACAUUAAAUUGUUUCAACAGUG